UCAAAUUCACCACUUCCGCUCCUGCUCGCGGCCGUAAACAUGGCGAGAGGCUAGCAGGGUCGUUGUGUGCAUUCAGACCUGAAGGCUCUGGGUUUCUAUUUCAGGGCGUACACCAUACGAUUUAUUUUACUUUUAGCACCAAGAGGUGCUUGAGUAGGGCGUUUGGCUCUACGGGUUUCACUUAUAUAAAAGGGUGAAGGAAACGCACCGGCAACAUGGGGCGACGUUCAACCUCCUCCACCAAGAGUGGGAAGUUUAUGAACCCCACCGACCAGGCCAGAAAGGAGGCCAGAAAAAGGGAGUUAAAAAAGAACAAGAAGCAGAGAAUGAUGGUGAGAGCAGCAGUGCUGAAGAUGAAGGACCCCAGACAGAUCAUCAGAGACAUGGAGAAGCUGGAUGAGAUGGAGUUCAACCCAGUUCAGCAGCCCCUGCUGAAUGAGAAGGUGUUGAGGGAUAAGAGGAAGAAACUUCGCGAAACAUUUGAACGCAUCGUCCGUUUGUAUGAGAGAGAGAAUCCUGACACCUACAAGGAGCUACGCAAACUGGAAUUGGACUAUGAGACCAAGCGGGGGCAGCUGGCUCUCUAUUUUGACUCAGUCAAGAAUGCAGAGUCAGUGGAGGUGGACAGUAUCCCUCUACCAGAUAUGCCUCAUGCCCCCUCCAAUAUCCACAUCCAGGACAUCCCACUGCCGGGGGCUCAGCCUCCCUCUAUACUGAAGAAGAGCUCCACUUUUGGGAAAGGACCCCCUUCGUCAGCCUCUGGGCCAGUGUUGGCAACAAUACCAGGUGUGCCACGUUUACCUCCAGGGAAGAAGCCUCCUGGUCCCCCACCUGGGCCCCCACCGCCACAGGUUCUGGCACUGUAUGGCAUUCCUGCUCGACGAGCUUAUGGCGCAGACACAGAGCCUUCCAUUCCUGGUUUAGAAAAGGACUCUGCAAUGGACUUUGGAAGAGAUCGGGACAGUGGCAGUGAGAGUGACAGAGAUCGGGAGGAUAUGGACGAUGACGACAGCGACUCUGAAGAUGACAGCGAGGAAGAGAGAGAUGAAGGUGGAGACGGUGACCAGAGAAUGAAGGAGGAUAGAGACAGAAGUGAAAGGCAUGCUGGUCGCAGUGUGCGUUUCGCUGAUAUGCCUCCAGAGGCACCUCGUGAAGGAAAGAGGAAGAAAAAGAGACUGGUGAAGAAGACCAAGGCCAUUACCCCUCUGCAGGCCAUGAUGUUAAGGAUGGCAGGUCAGUCAGUUCCUGAAGAGGAAGAAGAAGAAGAGGUAGAGGAGGAAUACACAGAUGAAUCAGACAACUCGGACAUUGAGGACAGGGGACCACCAGGGGACAACCAGUCCCACCUCAUGCCCAAUCAGCGUCUACCCCCUCCUGGUGGGCCAAUGGGACAGCAAGGACCUCCACACUUGCAAGGUCCACCAAUGACUGGCCCUCCGCCACUGGGUCCACCCCCAGCUCCUCCGAUGAGGCCUCCUGGUCCACCCUCUGGCCCACCUCCUGGCCCACCACCAGGUGCUCCUCCGUUCUUGAGGCCCCCGGGAAUGCCUGGAGGCAUGAGGGGUCCAAUGCCUCGUCUUCUGCCUCCAGGACCUCCACCAGGUCGACCCCCUGGCCCUCCGCCAGGCCCCCCUCCUGGCCUGCCUCCAGGCCCCCCACCACGUGGACCCCCUCCCAGACUGCCACCCCCAGCACCACCAGGUAUCCCACCUCCUCCCCCGAGAGCAGGAGGGCCCCCACGUCCACUUGCCCCACCACUCUCCCUCUUCCCUCCACCUCUCAACUCCAAUGUGCUCAGUGCUCCUCCCAACAUUGUCCAGCGGCAAAAGGGCUCAGGAUCCAGCCAAGACAGUUCUCAGACCAACUUACCACCCCCUGCCAUGCCCAUGCGACCUGGUGUCAUGCAGAUGCCUCCUCCCCCCGGGACAGCUGCCGCCUCCACAGGCGCCAAUCCUGGCAGCAAUCCCCCCGGCCACCACCAUGCAGCCACCAUCGAAAAACGAGCCAACAUCACCUCUGUGGCAGCCGCAGGAGUCGGCCUGGCAGCGGGUGGUGGAUCUGGCGGGGCCACCAUCUCCGCAAAACCUCAGAUUAUCAAUCCAAAGGCAGAGGUCACCCGCUUUGUGCCCACAGCGCUGAGGGUGCGUAGGGACAAGAGUGGAGCAAUGCCUGGUGCAGCACCAGGGCCUCUGGAGAAAGCAGGGGGUGGUGUUGGGGGAAGGAGGGGAGAUGAAGGCAUGGGAGGAGGGCAGGGGCAGAAACAGCAGGCAACAGCUGCUCCGAUGGGCAUGGCCAACCCAGUCCAGAUGGGAGCUGUGUCUCAGCCCAACAUGAAGACUAAAGACCAGGUGUAUGAAGCCUUCAUGAGGGAGAUGGAGGGACUCCUUUGAGACUUAAGAGGACAUUGGGGAAAAUAUUCAUUGGGGUGCUCUGAGCAACAGGAGUGUGUUAGUUUUCUGUAUUUUCUGUGCAGAGUAUUAGAGGUAGCUGUCUUCAAAACAUUCAGCUAGACCAGUUUCCCUUUAGCAAACAAAGGAAAGCUGCCACACUCUCAGCACUGAUCUCAACAGACUCAUCUUCAUUUCAUCUGGACUAUUAUUUGUUGUAUCUAGAGAGAAUGUGAAUUUUACAUAAGAUAAUUAAUCUUAUUAAAUUUGUAAUUGGAAACAGUUAGAUGGUCGCUAUUCCAUUAAGACAACAAACAAAAAAAAAACACUAUGCUCUGCACUGAAGAAAAUGCCAGACAACCAAGUGCUAUGUUGUGUUUAUUCUCCAGUCAACUGUCUGUCAUUUGGCAUGACCAGAAAAAGCAUUUUUGUACAAUUGUUUUACUGUCAUCUGUUUAUUUUAUCGUUGAUCUCCUAAACAUGUUGGGCAUCAAAACAAAGGUGUAAAAUGUUUGUCAACCACUGACAAAAUACAUGUUUGAAACUGUUUAACCUGCAGCUAAAUAAAUACUUCAGAAACUCUUUUUA